AUGCCUGAACUUCUUAGCAGCAUACUCAAUGUGAGUAAGGUAUUCCAGAAAUAUGCUGAACACCAUGGGGAAUGCGCUUCAUUGAACAAGAUGGAUUUGAAGCAGCUGCUUCUCACUGAGUUUGGAGACAUCCUUCGGAGACCAAAUGACCCAGAGACUGUGGAAACCAUUCUGGAACACUUGGACCGAGACAGAAAUGGAUAUGUUGAUUUUCGUGAAUACCUCUUGUUGGUGUUCCAAUUGGUCCAAGCUUGCCAUCGUAAACUAGAUAGUAAGUCAUGUGGAGGUAGAACCUCCUCCCAGAAAGAACGGGGUCAGAAAGGAACACAGAGCCAUAAGUUUUCUGAAAACACAGGCAGACAGCCUAGGCAAUCUGAAGGACAAAGUCAGGAUGUCCAAGAACAUAAGGACUCGCACCAGGGUCAGGCAGAGGGACAAGACACGGAUUAUAGCUCUGAUCAGUCUGAGACAGACGAUCAGCACUCUAGCCCUGAUCAAAAACUGAGUCAUAAAUCUAGCAACGACCGACCCAAAAGUCAAGGAUAUAUCUUUGCUUUAAAUCAGCCUGAGAUCCCAAAUCAGGUUUCUCAUUAUGGCCAGUCUAAAACAUUUGGACGACAAAGCAGCCAUGGCCAGUCUGGAAGACUCCGACAAGAUUCUUACUCUAGUCAAACCAGUCAACAAGAAUCUGGUUCUUAUGAACAAUAUGGAAAGCAAUAUCAGAAAUCAGGCAACAGUCAGACAGACAGACAGGCCCAGAAUUCUCACUAUAGUCAGUCAGACAAACAAAAACAUACAUUCCAACAUGGUCAGACAGAUGGACAAGGCCAGAGUUCUCACCAGGGUCAGACAGACAGACAAAACCAGAGUUCUCACCAGGGUCAGCCAGACAGACAAAACCAGAGUUCACGUUGGCAUCGGACAGACAGUCAAGGCCAGGGUUUUCAAUAUGAUCAGACAGGCAGACAAGGUCAGAGUUCUCACCAGGGUCAGACAGACAGACAAAACCAGAGUUCUCACCAGGGUCAGACAGACAGACAAAACCAGAGUUCACGUUGGCAUCGAACAGACAGUCAAGGCCAGGGUUUUCAGUAUGAUCAGACAGGGAGACAAGGCCAGAGUUCUCACCAAGGUCAGAUAGACAGACAAGAGAGUUCACAUUGGCAUCGGACAGAUAGUCAAGGCGAGGGUUUUCAGUAUGAUCAGACAGGCAGACAAGGUCAGAGUUCUCAUCAGGGUCAGACAGAUAGAGAAGAGAGUUCACGUUGGCAUCGGACAGACAGUCAAGGCCAGGGUUUUCAGUAUGAUCAGACAGGGAGACAAGGCCAGAGUUCUCACCAAGGUCAGAUAGAUAGACAAGGCCAGAGUUCUCACCAGGGCCAGACAGACAGACAAGACCAGAGUUCACAUUGGCAUCGGACAGACAGUCAAGGCCAGGGUUUCCAGUAUGAUCAGACAGGGAGACAAGGCCAGAGUUCUCACCAGGGUCAGACAGACAGACAAGAGAGUUCACGUUGGCAUCGGACAGACAGUCAAGGCCAGGGUUUCCAGUAUGAUCAGACAGACAGACAAGGCCAGAGUUCUCACCAAGGUCAGACAGACAGACAAGAGAGUUCACGUUGGCAUCGGACAGACAGUCAAGGCCAGGGUUUCCAGUAUGAUCAGACAGGCAGACAAGGCCAGAGUUCUCACCAAGGUCAGAUAGAUAGACAAGGCCAGAGUUCUCACCAGGGUCAGACAGACAGUCAAGAGAAGAGUUCACAUUGGCAUCGGACAGACAGUCAAGGCCAGGGUUUCCAGUAUGAUCAGACAGGCAGACAAGGCCAGAGUUCUCACCAGCGUCAGACAAGCAGUAAAAGCCAGAGUUCUCACUGUGAUCAAUCAAAGAUUGGGAAAACUGAACUCCAAGGGCAAAACAGGUCCUUCCAAGGAACUGAUAAAGCAAGAAGAGACUCAUAUGUUGAACAAUCUGGAAGAUCAGGAAAACUAAGUCAACAGACUUCAAGAGAAGAAGUAAAUCAAACCCAGAGACAGAGAUUCCAGGAUAAAAGGGAGCAGCAAAGCCAGCACCAGGCAUGGAAGCUUGAAGAGAGUAAUAAGCACAAACUCUUAGCUCCGAUACAUCAAGAAGAGCCAUACCUCCAUGAAGAGUAUGACUGGCAAUCACAGAGUAGUGAGGAGGGCCAUUGGGAAGAGGAAGAGCAUCAAAAUUGGGAUGGACACAGUUUUGAGGAGCAGGAAGGUCUGUAUGAGAUGUAGAACAGACAAGCCCACAGAGAUGAACCACAUCAGAAACAGGAUAGGCAAACCUCUGUAGAUGAGCAGAACCAGAAAAGACAACACAGGACAACUCAUGUAGAAAAUCAAGGUCAUCAACAAGGUAGACAAUGCAUGAAGAUAUGCAAAACCAUCAAGGAAAAGACAAACAUCAAAAGCAUCAUCAACAAUGGGAUAGACAAACUCAUGAAGAAAAUAAAAGGUAUCAAGGAUCCCAAGACCAAUCCAGAAACUUCCCCAACAAAGAAAAAUUUCACAUGA